AUGAAGUUAUCCAAGGCUAUUGCUUUCUCAAUCUUGACAACAUUAGGUGUCCAAGGUUUAAUUCUUCCAUCAGUUGGUGAUGUGAUUGAUGUCUUUGCUGUCGACACCAUCAAUGACAAGAUUAAUCAAAAACUCGAACCCCUUAAACAUGCCGCUCAUGAAGCUGCUGAACAUUUAGGAAUGAAAUUAAAUGAUGCUUUAGCUCCAAUCAUUAAUGCUGAUUCUAAUAGAGAUAUUAUCUCUCAUAGAUAUAUCAUCGUGCUUAAGGAUGAUGUUAAACCUGAAGAAGCUGCUUUCCAUCAAGAAUGGGUUGCUUUAACUCAUGCUAAUUCUUUACAAGGAGUUGAAGAAUCUGAUCCAUUUUUCAGUUCAACUAAAGAUUUUAAGACUGAAGGUGGUAUUAUUGAUAGUUUUGCUAUUGAUAAGUUAUUAACUGGUUAUUAUGGUUAUUUUAUGGAUGAAACUAUUGAAGUAAUCAGAAGAAAUCCUUUGGUUAAAUUUGUUGAAAAGGAUUCAAUGGUUUAUGCUAAUGAAUUUGAAGUUAAUAAAGGUUCUCCAUGGGGGUUAGCCAGAAUUUCUCAUAGAAAACCAUUGAGUUUAGGUUCAUUUGAUCAAUAUUUAUAUGAUAAUGAAGGUGGUGAAGGUGUGACUGCUUAUGUUAUUGAUACUGGUGUUAAUAUUAAUCAUGUAGAAUUUAAAGGUAGAGCCAUUUGGGGUGCAACUAUCCCAACUGGUGAUACUGAUACUGAUGGUAAUGGUCAUGGUACUCAUUGUGCUGGUACUAUUGGUUCAGAUGCUUAUGGUGUUGCCAAGAAGGCUAAUAUUGUUGCUGUUAAGGUUUUAAGAUCUAAUGGAUCCGGUUCAAUGUCUGAUGUUGUUAAAGGGGUUGAAUUUGCUGCUAAAGCCCAUCAACAAGAAUCUAAAGCGGGUAAAAAGGGGUUCAAAGGUUCUACUGCUAAUAUGUCACUUGGAGGUGGAAAAUCUCCUGCAUUAGAUUUAGCUGUUAAUGCAGCAGUUAAAGCUGGUCUUCAUUUUGCUGUUGCUGCCGGUAAUGAAAAUCAAGAUGCUUGUAAUACAUCUCCAGCAUCGGCUGAACUUGCUAUUACUGUUGGUGCAUCUACCAUUUCUGAUUUUAGAGCAUAUUUCUCCAAUUAUGGUAAAUGUGUUGAUAUUUUUGCUCCUGGUUUAAAUAUCUUAUCUACUUAUAUUGGAUCAGAUAGUGCUACUGCUUAUUUAUCAGGUACUUCUAUGGCAUCUCCACAUAUUUGUGGAUUAUUGUCAUAUUAUGUUUCAUUACAACCAGGAUCUGAUUCAGAAUUCUUUGUUGCCACUGAUGGGGUUUCACCAAAACAAUUAAAGAAGAAUUUGAUUGCUUAUGGUACUGAAGGUGUUCUUUCUGAUAUUCCAGCAGAUACUCCAAAUGUUUUAGCAUUCAAUGGUGGUGGUCAAAACUUGACUGAUUUCUGGAAAGGUAAGUAA